AUGCCCAAGCUCGUCGCAUCCUUCGUGCGCAAUUCUUAUUGCCGCAGUGGCACCAUCAACAAUGGCGGUGGUGGCCAGCCAGGCCACGCGUCUGCCCUGUCGCCUGUCCCCCAGCCCCACCACCAGUUCCGCCCGGCGGAGACGCGGCAGGAUGUGAUGAAGACGGUGGAGGAGAAGCUAAGCCACAAAGCGGAUCUCAACCGCAUCUCGGUGGAGUUCUUGCUCAAUGGCAGGAAGGAGCAAGGGGAGCAGGAGAAGGGGGAGCAGGAGAAGCAGGCCGAGAUGUCCAGGCGCAGCGGCUACAAGCUGUCGCCGGUCAAGCAGCUGCCGAGCCCAGAACUCUCUCUGUCGCCCACCGACACCCUCGGCCCGCAAUUCAACCAGCUCAGCAUCCGUGGCCCGAAAGGCAAGGCACCAGACUAUGGCUACCAGCAGCAGGGAAUAGUGUCGCCACGGUCGCCGUGCAAGCCGCGUCAGGUGUCACCGUACCAGGUGCCGCACCAGCACCAGAUGGUACCGCCCCAGUACCAAAUGCCACCCCACCAGAUGCAGAUGCCUCCCCAGAUGCAGCCUAUGCACACGCUGACAAGAGCGCCGCUUCCACACCACCAGGCCGAUGUGCGUGAAAUCCCCAUCGACCUCCACCAGCGACACUCGGCCCACUACGCCCAGCCAUCACGCAUCCACCCGUAUAUGCAGCACCCGACCAUGCACCAGAUGGUUCAUGGGCAAGAGUCGGUGAUGGCGUUCCAUACGAGCGUGAAUGUCCCGCAGGAGAGGUAUGUGUUUGCCCCGCUGAACACCGGAAACAUGACGCACCCCUACCCACCCUCAUACUACCCAGAAGAGGCGCCGCAGAAGCAGGACGGCGUCAUGAACUUCUACCACGGCAAGCGCUCCCGUGGCCCCGCCAACAGAUGGCAGCCUGAGGAGGACGAGCUGCUCAAGAAGGCCGUCGAGAAGUGGGGAGACGAGCGCCAGUGGGUGAAGGUCUCCAAGAUGGUGCCGGGCCGCACCAACCUGCAGUGCCGCCAGCGCUGGCUCUGCAACCUCAAGGGCAAGAUCAUGGCCGCUAAGCUCAAGGCGGAGGCCGCUGAGAAAAACGCAGCACUGCUGGCUGCUGCGACAGCCACUGCUAAUGCCGCGGCUGUCGCCAGCUCCAGCAAGGUUGCCGAGCCUGCUGCUGAGACCAUGGCGGUCGAUAACGCUGAGCAGGACGACCAGGAUAAGGAGAUGGAGUAA